CCUACUAAGUACACGUAAUCUCGUGCAGUACUAUAGCCUACGCACCAAUUUUGAACGUUUUGCAAUAUCGGUUGCAAAAAUGAGGUACCUGCACAGUACCACGUACUUCUACCGAACAGUUGGAAUCGUAUGAGUCGUAAGAUCCAAUCGUAUGAGUCCAGUCGUGUGAAUCCAAUCGUACGCGUGAUUUUUACACAUCGUUACAGUACUGUAGUGAGCCAAUCGUAAGAUUCAACCGUACGCGUGAUUUUAACAAAGAGCAGUUAGGAACAACUGUGCUUCGCACCUACCACAAUUCUUCGUUUGUAAUUGAAUUUAUUUGUUCAACUAUUUUGGUAAGAUGUCGGUAAAUAUAGCUGCUGACGAUGAUGCCUGUUCCACCAGAAGAACGAGGAGCUGCAUUAGCAAACUGCGAGGGCGGGAUCCAUUGGUCGAGAUCGCCGACUUUUUGAAUCAGUUUCAGUCGCAUUUUCUCUCCCUGUCGGCAAAGAAAAGAAUAAAUGGAGGUUGCGGCGACAGAUUUCGUUUCGGAGAAAUCACGGCGGUAGACCUAAAAGAUGCAUUGAAAUUCCAAUCCUUGAUGGAACGAAUCCAGCUACUGGAACAAGAAACGUUUAUUGCGGGAGAAUACUUACGAAACGCAGAGGGGUCGGAGUCUAUGGCGGGUCGCAUUGCCGUCCGGAAGAAAACGGAACUAGAGAGAAUCCAAAAAAAUAUUUGCGGGGUUCCGGAUCGAACGAAGCUGGUCCUUUCGAUGCUCUGGAACUGCAAGGUCUGGACCUGCAAGGUCGUUGCACAGGACCAUCUGGUAUCGCCGGCCCGAUUGAUGCCGUGCACGGGACGAAAGGAGGCAGGUCUCUGUUGUUUCUCCCCCUUUUUGAACAUACCUUGCUCGAAGUAUUUUGCGAAGUUGCUUCCGCCGGUUCCCGUGGAGGAGACGAGACCAAUGGCCGAGUCGGAAGCUUCCAUAGCAGAAGAUAGUGCAACUUCUGGAAAACAACCUGCAGCAGUAACAGAAGCAGACAAUGCGACGCCUGCUUCUUCUCGAAUUCCUGCUUUUCACAGAAAAAAAAAGUUCCGUAGGUGCUGUUCUCUAGCACUACCUCCCAAUAAGUACACGUGGGAAGCGUAUGCAAGAUUUGCGAUAAUGGCAACUCUUGUUGGUGACCAAGAAUUUGCAACCGACGUCGACGGAAGUGAUUCCGCUUGGAAGAAUCACAAGGAAUCAUCCCUGAUCCAAUCCUUCAAGAGUCCACUAUGUGUAUAUGAACUGAACACAUAUAAAACAGGCAAAAACUCCUCCCACAGCAAACAAUUCUCAUUCUCGCCGUCAACCGAUCUUGUUCCCCUUUGGAUACGUGCGCACCGAAACACGCAAUCACUGCGGCAACUAAUUCAAUUGUUCGAGGUGAAACGGAGAGAUAAAUACGAUGACGAUGAUGCGUCAUGUUCGACGAAUGCAAUUGUUAGGGGAAUAAAUCGCUCGGGGGAAGGCAAAGAACUGAUAGUGAACGAUUCCGAAGAUGCUGACACGGAUGCUAAGCAAGACACGGAGACCGCCUUUGAGAGAAAAUUCGAAGCUACUUUUAGAGGGAAUCCAUUGGACACAAAGUCUCAGCUGAUGAAAGUCGGUGAUUAUGUCGACCAGUUGGUGGAGUGGGCGGUCGUGAAUCAAUCUAUAUUCACAUACCAAUACAUGAAAAAUAACAUUUUGACUGCACAUCUGCGGAAGCAAGAAGAUGGGCAAAGACGCAAGCGAAAGAGACAACGAAGCAACGUCUGCAGAAAUAUCCGCUGCAACGAGAACUGCGAACAACAGCGCUUCAAACUUUAUCGAGCCUGCCAGUCCUACAUACUUCGAUGGUUUGCUAGGAGAAACAGAAGGGCGGUCGCAAUUUUAUUUUCCAUGCGACUCAAGCACCUCAAACUUGACAUCGGUUGCAAAAUGGAUAAGAAUUCUUUGGAAAUGGCAAAUGCAUUGGAAAAGGCUGGAUUUAUCGUGAAAGCCCAAGAAAAUAUGCGAAAGCUGCCAACCGACAGGAUCCACCACGAGGAUCUAAAUUUUUCUCGUAUUGAUCGAAGACUUUCAAUUUCUGGUAGAUACGAUGGUUCCGUAUCAAUCACUUGUCAAUCACAAGUAUCGAAUUUGUUGAAAACGGUUUUGAAAACAUGUCCCACAAAUGACAAAGCUUAUAAACAUUUAAUCACUACAGCAAUCGAUGAUUUGGAUUUGCUUUUUGGCACAUUGUCUCCAGGACCUUUCGACGUCUAUGACAAAGCAUGUGAAUUGAUUGAUUCAUCGAACAAAUAUACUUUGUCUUAUCUCGCGGAUCUCCUCGAGAGCGUACCUAAGCCUUGGGUCGAAAAAUGUUGUAGAUGCAACAAGGUCUGUUCGUCUGACCUCAGGACAUGUUUCAAUUGCGAACAAGUCUUCAAAGAGACGUGUGCUGCUUCUGCCUCCGGAACCCUUCCGACCGCGAUAAGUUUGAAAGAUCUUAUUCGCUCAUUCCCGCCAUUGCAUGACAUUUUCAAAUUGAAACACCCGAAAAACAUUGAUCGACCCGAUUUUAGAAUGUCAGAUAAUGAAUGGGUAGAAGAAGUAUUAAAAAUCGAACGAAAAUCGAACAUCGACGAAAAUCAAGCAAGGUUGGGUAUAUCAUUUAUUAGUACUGAAGACUGUAGUGAGCAGUUUGAUAUCCUCCAUUCUGAUGCUAUGUCAUUGGUGGAACUGAUGCCUUCAGAAACAAAAAAUGGUGGAGCAAACAAUCUACUGGUGCCAUUGAGAACGUCUCACAAAGGAUGUCUUGUAGUGACAGUGAACCAGGAACUCCCUGGGGGUAGAGCUGGUCUUCAAAUCGGAGAUAUCAUUAUCGGUAUGGAAAUUGAAAAGAACUCCUCCCAUAGUAAGAAAAGAAACGUCGAAGCGAAAAAGAGGUUUACUAUGUCCGACCUAUCAAAACGAGAUCGUACCGAACUGUUGAAAAACGGCUCGACGAAAAUAAAGUUGAUCAUUCGAAGACCUCCCAUAAAUGUGGUCGAACUCGCUACAAACUGGUACUCGGUUAUCAAGGAAGAGAACGAAAAGCUCUUCAAUAUCCUUCAAAGGAUGGAUGAAUCAGAACUCUGGUACUGUGGGUCUUGUUGUGAACCGAGUACCCACGAUGAUUCUAGAUCUGUGUUCUUGGAAGCAUCGUACUGCAGGGCAGUAAUUCGACGAGUGGGUAUGGAAUCUUAUGCCAAACCUUUUCUUGAAGACAAUAAAACUUCUUCGUCACAUUUUUGCUUGCGAAGACUUGACUCAAUUUUAACUGAUAUCAUGAUGGUAGAGUCCAACGAGGAGUCUUAUGACGACGCAGCAAAGUCAUUUCUAAGACCUUCCUUGGCCAAUUCGACUCGGCAACGACUGUUAAGGGCAGCAACGUCACUCGAAAAGCAGCCAAUGACAUUGUUAUGUAGAGCUAUGAAGGGGCUGAUCGAGUCUUCUGUCUUAGGUGCAAAUGAUCGGAAUACUCACCAAAUUGCAUUCAUUACUCAUUUCUUGGUAGUCUUUAGCUCCUGGUGUGUGGGCGGUACCGUAAAAUCGAGUUCUUUCAAACGGCUAGCUGGUCCACCAGAAAUAUUUCAAUUAUGCCGAGUCCCCUGGUUGGGAUCGGCCUACUCUGCUUGUGUUUCUCGGCCGUCACAGAAGAUGGCAAUAUGCAACGCCCAGGUCUGUUUGAAUCACUCUCUAGAUUCCGAGGAGAAAGAAAUUGAAAGAACCGAGAAUGCUAUCAAGGAAUAUACGAUGCGUGCUUCAUUGGUCGGAACUUCAUUUCUGGUUUUCCGUUGCGACCCAUUGGUAGAAUGUGUGUCAAGUGCUUUUCCUAUUGACACUAAAAGUCAACUGAUUGAAUUCCUCGUUGCAUCUUACUUACCAUCUGAUUACCAUGAUGCGGUGGUGAAGGGGCGACGAAAAGAUCGUUAUGACCAAAUAAGUAAAAACGACGGUAUCUAUCACUUGAUUCCGGUCGUGAGUUGUGAUCAACAACAAUUUCUCCUGGAGAGGUGCAAAAUGAGGAACGAACACCAAAAUAAUAUUAUCUCGGAAAUUUCCUGGACGUCACUAGAUGUUCUGAAUUUAGAUGGCGUCACAAGAUAUUCGUCAGCAGCCCUGCGAAAGAAAAUAAAGGAGAGCAAUAGCAUACGUCUCGCAAUUGAUGAUGCAAUCAUUCGAGAUGUUUGUAACUCUUCAACGGUGUUGUCCGAUUUUUCUUUUUAUUUCCAGAAAUCGAUUGAUUCUGAAAUAACAAUGGGUGUUUCAUCUCUGAGAGCUAGAAAUCAAGAUCUUACUCUGGAGAUUACAAACAAACUUAUCGAGUCUCUUCUCAAAGGUAAAGGAUCUACCGCGGUUGUAAGACAACUCUCGUCAUCCUCUUCGGAUGUUAACCCAAUAUCCCAAGUGGAAGAACAGAAAACACCGUCAAAAUGGAAAAUAAUCAAACAUGACGAAAACUCGGAUGAUCUCGAAUUUGGCCUAGCGCGUUUGCAACCAGGCCUUAUCCCAAUCAACCCAAUCAAACCCUCCUGCCAAAUUUUGACAUUGCCUCAUAUUUCGGAAGACCAGUACAUGCUGUUCUAUUCCGACUUAAUUUUUUAUGACGAAAGGGAUAAAGAAAUUCUGGAAAACAAAUUGAGUCCUCCGAACUUUUUCCCAUGUCAAGAUUUGCGAUCAUUAUCCGGUUUCCCAUGUCAAGAUUUGCGAUCAUUACCCAAAGAGACCCAAAAAAAACUCCUUCUAUCUCGACCAGGAGUUACUGAUUCUGCGAUGGGUAUGUUUGGUUUUGAAAUUCUUAAAUGGGAAAAAGAACGCAUAUUGCGAAUUGGACGAAUACACCGCGAAUCCUAUGCGUUCAGUGUUGGUAUAAGGACUCAUGACAUAAUUGAAUCGAUUAGUGGAGUGCGUUAUAAUCAUUUUUUCGGAAUGGGUGAUUUUGUCCCUUGGGUUCUAGGAGCACGCAACAUCAAAGUCAAUAUAUCUAGUGACUUGAAUCGAAAUGACGAGAUUUCAACAGUACUAUCUACAAUUAAACACGCGAAGAUCAACUUAUCCCCUGUGACGUUCACUUUUGUUCGACCGUUAAGAACUUUAAGUCGGGUCGCUUCAUCAGCGUCGUCGGAUCCUAAACCAAUGGUUCGGCCAACAACACAGACAGAUCGUCGACAAUCACACCCUGUAUUACUUGUCCCUAAGACAAACGUACAGUCGAAUCACAACACCAACCUACCCAUCAGAGCGAAAGGACACCCGUUUCCAGUAGGGCCCUUUCAAAACUUAACUGCCAGUCUACUGGAUGGCAGUGUUACUUUGACUAGACUUGAAGUAAUGCAGAAAAGAUUUCAUGACACAUACAGUAAGCGUCCCCGUGUCCAAAAAGAAGAUUUCUACCGCCCUGCAAAAAAAGGCUUCCUCUUCUCGGCGUUGGAAGUCUCCGUUUUCAUCGAAGCUUGUGUGAGGGGGAUUUGGCAGCUCGGGAUACGCCUCCUUAUGCCAAGAUAUGAAAUCGAUACUAUCACUGAACAUAUUAUAACACUGGCAUCGUGGGACCCAUUGCUCUUAUGUCAAAUUCCAGUUGUUGAUAGCUCUUGCUUUAAAACGAUUCUAGAUUUGGAUUUUGAGCGAAUGAAUAGCACAGAAUAUCCUGAGACAGGACCAGUCAUUCUCAAGGAUGAGAACAGUGGUUACAAAUACGAAUAUCGAGCUCCAAUAAAACCGCUGCCGAUAGAUAGAUCCAUUGAGUUGCAGCUUUUUGAAGAAAUUUCCGUACAAGAAACUGUGCAUCAAAUUAACCAGAAUGUUCAAGCUGUUCCGGAACGACCUAUGAAGCGCAUCCGUGGUGGGGGUGAUGAUAUGGUUGCCACUGAUCAACAGAGAAAUCAUUUGUACCUCUGCGAUGUGCCACUCAUUGAAUGGAAAGGGAAAGCAGUAUGCACGUUCGUACAAGCUACUGGGGGAGACUUCAUUAGCAAUGGUGCCCUUAUGGUUGGAUUUGUAAACAGGUUUAUAGUAUCAGAUUCUUCAGACCGAAAAAGUCAGCAUAAGGUUGAAAUCGAAGCAUUUUAUGUGUCAGGAAUGGGGUACGUCAAAGACAUGAAAAUGUAUCAAUCAGAUCCUGAUGAGGUAUGGAUUGUAGACGUUAGCCAAGACAGUGAAGAAUCAAGAGUAGUUGUGAAGCUACGAUUGCAAAAAAAACUUCCUGAGGAUUACCGUGAAGAAGAUCAGCAGGCUGUGAUUAGAAAGACAAUGUCCGCCGACGAACAUGAGGAAAAACGCAACCCAUCUUUAUCGAAUUUACAACAAGCACAGCCUUAUGAGGAUCGCAAAGAAAACUUUCAGGACUUGUUACAGAAUGGUAUAUCGGAUGACCAGGAGGAGCUGGCUUCAGCUUUGGAAGAUUCAAGGGAAUUAAAAGGAUCAAAAAUCGAUGACUCUUUUACUGAUUCACUGCACUUGAAUUUUGUUCAAACAACCCAUUGUUGUACUUGUGAUGAGCAACCUGUCAUCAAAUCUGCAAAUGUUACGCAUGAUUGCCCUCUAUGUUCUUUACCAUUUGAGAGAUACUUAGUAUGCGCCACCACGAAAGCAAAAACUAAGAGGAAUGAUCCGAUGCCUACAUUUUUACAUGGUGUGGGGUGUGCGUUGAUGAGCACAAGAAGACUUAAUGGACAGCAAUUUUGUUUGGACGAAAGCAUACCGGGUUUCCUUGGAGAAGGAAAGUCAUUAUUGUUGAAAAUAGCGAGGUUGAUUCCCAAAUCGAUAAAAAUGCCGACCACGUACCGCAAUGAAAUUGAUCCGCUCAAUUCGUUUAGUGUCUUCAACAGCAACCAAAAUUACAAACUAUGGAAGAACUUUGUUGCAGAAUCCACUUGUACACAUAUGCUAGCACAAGCUUUUGUUACCUUAGUUGCCUCCAUUGAUCGAUCAAAAUUACCUCAUUGGUGGAGUGACAGAAGUAGCGGUUGGUCUACGCCAUACGCGGUCUUGAUGAACACAAGUCUAUCUUCACUGUACCUGCACAUCUAUGUGUUAGAUGCUGCACUGUCACGUAUGCUAUCUGUAUCAUUGAAAGGAAACAAUCUCUCAAGAUCCCAGUCUGACAAUGGCCUACAAAAACUCAGAAUGGAGAAGUAUUGGAGACAUGCCAUGGCGCAAGGAUACACACUGUACGAAGGAGAGCAUAAAGAAGAGUGUUAUCACUGCAACGGUGGUGGUAAAGUGCUUUGCUGUGCAUUAUGUCCAAACACACAGCACCCUGAAUGUUGCUGUCCAAAGCUUAGUGUUGAUGUUAAGCUUGAUCUUUGGAUAUGUGAUUCAUGUAUCAAUGACAUUGAUAACUAUGAUAAAUACAUUGCUAAGUGCAGUUGUUCCUAACUGCUCUUAGCCUGAGUUAUAGUAGCCUUGUCUUUCCUUCUUCCGUUAUUGCUCUUGGACUGGUGCCAUGGGACAUUCUAGGCCUCUUGGUACUGUGGUACCGUAUGUUUGUACCUCUGUGGUCUGAGGUUGUAAGGAUCUAAGUGGUCAGCUAUUUGGAAUUUCAGAGUGUUUGCCAAAAUUAGGUUUUGACUAAUGUGAUUAGAUCUAAAUGCAGUAAAAUGUGUAAUGGUCU